AUGGUGAACAACCGUGUGCCGUCAGUGUUCUCGAAGACGUACGUGACUCCGCGUCGUCCGUUCGAGAAAGCUCGUCUGGACCAGGAGUUGAAGAUCAUCGGUGAAUAUGGUCUCCGCAACAAGCGUGAGGUGUGGAGGGUCAAGUACACGCUCGCCCGCAUCCGUAAGGCUGCCCGCGAGCUGCUCACGCUGGAGGAGAAGGACCCCAAGCGUCUGUUUGAAGGUAACGCACUCCUCCGUCGUCUGGUGAGGAUCGGUGUAUUGGAUGAGAAGCAGAUGAAGCUGGAUUACGUGCUGGGCCUCAAGAUCGAGGACUUCUUGGAGCGUCGCCUCCAGACCCAGGUGUUCAAGGCAGGUCUGGCCAAGUCCAUCCAUCACGCCAGGAUUCUGAUCCGUCAAAGACACAUUCGUGUCCGUAAACAGAUAGUGAACAUCCCAUCGUUCAUAGUCCGCCUGGACUCGGGCAAGCACAUUGACUUCUCUCUGAAGUCACCGUUCGGUGGCGGCAGGCCUGGCCGUGUUAAGAGGAAGAACCUGCGCAAGGGACAGGGCGGAGGAGCCACCAACGAUGAGGAGGAGGAUUAG